AUUAAACCAGUGUCUGGUAAAUGAUUAAAUUAAAAUGUUUCCCCACCAAAAGGAUACUAAAAAUAUUCACAAGACAGACUUGUUAAAUCUUAAAUAACACCACAAAAAAUGAACUAGAGUUAACUUUUAUACCUUAACAGCUUUGAUAUCCUAUAUAUGCCUGCCCUGAUGUUAAAUUCAGCUUGGUCUGGAACAACUUGUCUGUGAUGUAUUAGUAAUGAUUAUUCAGAAAUGGUUUCCAAUCCACCUGCACGUAUCAGCUUGUAUUGAUGGUCUACGAGUGUGACCAGCUUUACGGCUUGUGUUUAGCAAGCUGGUCAGACACUAGGUUUGAUGGAGGACAUUGUCCCUACCCUGGACCCUGGAGAACCUGAAAUAGGACUCAACUGCAAGAAAACAACCUGCUCUGCAGCUCUUUAUAGACAGCAUGUUAAAGUCACAGCUAAAGAGACGCCAGGGCGUACUUAGCCCUAGGCAAGGGUAGGCAAAUUGCUGAAAAUUUAAAUAUUUAUUUUAAAACACUGAAAUGAUUCUUAUCGCUGUUAUUUAAGCAGCGUCAAUGCAAGCCCCAACCCGGCCUCAUGCUGUAAUGGAAUAUCGAGGGAAAUGUGUGCAACUGAAUAGGGCCUCAUUCCUAUAUAUUGCCUAGGGCCUCCAAAUCACCAAAUCCACCCCUGAGAGACGCACCAUGAUGUUUGUUCGUCUCAGGGUUUCUUCCUCGUGUCCUCACGUCGUCUCAGGGAGUUUUUCCUCGCUGCCAUCGCCUCUGGCUUGCUCGACAGUGACAAACUUAAAUCUGUAUCCGGAUUUCUGUAAAGUUGCUUUGGAACAAUGUCUAUCGUUUACAGCGCUAUAUUAAUAAAAUUGAACUGUAUUGAAUGUGUGAGGUUAAAACAGGGUGUUUACUGGGCAUGAGAUGUUGGUUUCUCGAUUUAAAAUGUCAAGUGCUUACACACAUUAUAACUGAUGUUUUAUUUUUAUAUUUACAUUUAUAUUUAUAUCUCUCAAAUGACAGGCAGGUAGGGAUUUUCAGGACAUUAUUCUUUUUUUUCACUAAAACACACAUAGUUUGUGUUAUGGGGUUUAAAAACUUUUAAAAAAAGGAAAGAUAUAUUGUGAAAUGAACCCCUAAAGGUUUACAGUAAAGUUAAACUACUGUGAUUUUUUAAUUUUUUUAUUUUUUGGUAGCCUCGACUUCCUGGUUCGCACUGCGCAUGCGCGGUACAUUCACGCCCGCACCUGAGGAUGAGGAUUGUGCGCAUGCGCGGACGCAAAUCAGGAAUUGUUAGUGAUCCAGAAGCUGCCGGCUUGUUGUUGUUGUUGAUGAGUGGAGAUGUCCGCGUCCUCAGCCGAGGCUCUGGCCGGUUACUCAAGCGGGAAAAUGGCCGAUAAGGACGCGGGGCAGGACACGGCGCUGGGCAGCGCUUAUUCCCCGGUGGACUACAUGAGCAUCACCAGCUUCCCCCGCUUACCGGAGGACGACGUGAUGGCCGCCGGGGAGAGCGGCCUCAAGUCCCGCAGAGACGAGGACAAUUUCCUGGGCGAGCAGGACACAGACCCGGACCUGUUCCUGAAGUCAGCGCGUCUGCAGCGCGUGGCCUCUUCAGCGUCAGACCUGGCCAGCCGCGAUUCAUCUCCUCUGAGAGAGACGAGGCAAGACCCGCUGGCUCAAGACUGCGCUUGUACACGAGACGGCCUCACCGUCCUCAUCACGGCCUGUCUGACCUUCGCCACCGGGGUCACCAUCGCCCUCAUCCUGCAGGUCUAUUUAGGAGAACCACAGAUCUUUAAUCAGGGUGCCGUGGUGACGGAUGUGGCUCGCUGCACCUCUCUGGGUUUCGAUGUUCUCGGUCAGCAGGGUUCCAGCGUGGACGCUGCCAUCGCCGCCGCUCUCUGCCUGGGCAUCAUCCACCCUCACACCUCGGGCAUCGGCGGUGGUGGAGUGAUGCUGGUCCACGACAUUCGAAAAAACGAGAGCCGCAUCAUUGAUUUCCGUGAAACAGCGCCCUCUGGCCUGCGGGAGGACAUGCUGCAGGACCUGCAGCAGAAGCCAGGGCUCUUGGUGGCUGUACCGGGCAUGCUCAGUGGACUGCAUCAAGCUCACCAGCUCUACGGAAAACAGUCUUGGAAGGAGGUGAUCACGAUGGCCGCAAAUAUCGCCAGGAAUGGCUUCAACGUAACCCAUGACCUGGCGGACGCUCUGUCCCAAAUAAAGGUAGAGAAUGUCUCCGAGGCUUUCCGAGAGCUCUUCCUUCCGGACGGCCAUCCUCCUCUCGCCGGCCUCUUCAUGACACGGCAGGAUUUGGCGGCCAUUUUGGACAGAGUGGCAGCCAAUGGGAUCUCUGAGUUCUAUGAAGGAAAUCUGACACAGGAAAUGGCGUCUACGGUUCAGGCCAGUGGAGGUGUUCUGACGGAGGUGGAUUUCAGUAACUACACUACAGUCCUCCAGCAGCCAGUACAGAGCCGUUACCAAGGUUAUCAGAUAAUGGCUGCACCACCUCCUCACGCUGGAGCCGCCCUCCUUUCAGCCCUCAACAUCUUAGAAGGUUAUAACAUCACCAACCAGACACAGAGGAGCAGCACCCUCCACUGGAUCACUGAGACUCUGAAAAUCGCCUUGUCUCUGGCCAGCGCUCUCGGAGACCCCGUGUUUGACUCGACUGUCUCUGAAGUCGUGGCUCGAAUGUUAAGUAAAAGUCAGGCUGCUCAGUUCCGGCAGAUGAUCAACGACUCGCACUCCUCUCCUCCGGGACACUACUCGCCCAGUUACGCUCUGGAGGAGGGCACAGGGGUCAGCCAGGUCAUGGUCAUGGGGCCUGAUGACUUCAUCGUCUCUGUCAUGAGCUCUAUGAAUCAGCCUUUUGGCAGCCGCAUCGUGACGCCCUCUGGAAUUCUCCUGAACAGCCAAAUUCUGGACUUUUCUUGGCCCAACAAGAGCCAGAGCUCUGUCCCACCCAAUCCGCACAACAGUGUUCAGCCCGGGAAGAGGCCGCUCUCCUUCCUCAUGCCCACCGCCGUCAGACCCUCGCUGGGUGUCUGUGGUACUUACGUGGCACUCGGAUCCUCCAACGGCGACCGCGCGCUCAGCGGCAUCACGCAGGUUCUGAUGAACGUCUUGUCGCUGCAUAAGAAUCUGAGCGACAGUCUGACCGUUGGCAGGCUUCACCCUCAGCUCCAGCCCAACACACUCCUGGUGGAUGCGGAGUUUCAGAGUGUGGACGUGGAGACGCUGGAGCAGAAAGGCCACGAUGUUCAGAGGGUGGAGGUCAUAUCGCUGGUGGAAGGAACCAGGAGAACCAACGACGUCAUCAUCGGAGUGAAGGACCCUCGCAGUGUCGACGCCUCCGCGCUCACCAUGUUCAAGUCCAUGCCCUAAUGACCCCGCCCCCACCGCUCUACUCUACUGUGUGUGCAAUAACGCAAACGUAGACUGAAUGUACACUACUAACACUUGGAAAAUGGCUCUAAGCCUCCUGAGGGUACUGAAUAAACAUCAUCACACACACACACACACACACACACACGGCAUGCUCACACCUAGAGGUCACUAACCUACACAUUGUCCAGGCUGCCUAACGUUCAGUUCAGACCUGGUGUUAACCUUCGUCUCAGGUGAUCUGAUCACAAGCGGGCAGGUCGUCACGGAGAUGUGAUCUAAUCACUUCAAUGUGCAAUAGUCUUUUUUUUUUUUUUUUAUUCCCUCUUGUACAAAUAACCUAGAAGAUAUAUCAACCAUGAUAAAAAUAAACAAUGGAUUAAGCCGUGGCCUUAGCAAAAAAGUCCAUUUGGAAAAUUGACUUCUGGUCCGGAAUGCUUGUUUGUGUUUGGAUGAGCCUCCUGUCAGUCAUUUUAUAGACACUAUACUCUACAGGCUACUGUAGAUCCUGGGGGCGGAGCUUCGUGAACAUGGGCGGGAAUUAUUCAAAUCUCGAAUGCACCUAACCGUUAGAGACCUAAUCUUGGGAGAAAAAAAAUCUAAUCUUACCUGCUGCACCUUUAAACCAUGUACCUUUAACCAGAUGGUCAAAGAUUUAAAAAAAUUAGAUAAAAGUAUGUUAACCUUAAAAAAAAAAAAAAAAAAAAAUAACAAUUCAAGUGAAAGUUGGUAUCCAAAUAAUGACUUGAGUAAGAGAAGGAAAGAAAGCAAUGUAACUAGUGCAUGAUUCAUGAAGUGUUUAAUUCCUUUUAUACCACAACAAUUUACCAACAAUUACAAUUUUUUAUUCAUCAAAGAGCAGCGUCAUACUUUUUUUUAUCCAUUUGUAGUUACAUUUAAUGACAGGGACAUUUAAUGUCUUAGUUCCUGCGUAAAAACGUAAACUUCUCUGUCCUGACACUGGAGACUCCUUCCCUAAAUGUUAAAUAAAUGUCUCGUUACGGAAAACUUCACCACAUCAACGAUUACACACAUUUUUACUCUUUAUGCGGAUUUAUGCGGAGCGUCUGCUGUACACGUCCCUGUGAGUGAGCUGUUACUAUAGAAACGAUAACGUAUCAGAGCGAGCGCAUUAAUAUGAACCUGCACUACUGUCAGAGCUGUUGUUACAGAAAACUAAUCAACACCUUCUGACCAAUCACAAUCCAGAAUUCCAACUUCUAUUCCACUUCUAAUCAAAUCCGAUAAAAUUAGAUAAACGUUAAUGCCAGGUCUGAACACGCUCUCGGAGAACUCCACUCUCGUCCUAAUUUCCCCAUUAAGGAAAUGAAGAAUUGUUAAGGGGAGGAGCUUAAGUUCAAUACGAUCAGCCAAUCACAGACUUUACCAUGUGACAUCACUACUGAAAUUUUUUUUUUUUUUUUAAAUUGCAGUUCUAACGCAUUUCUUUUCUGUAACGUGAUGAGAGAAAGAGCGAAUGAUAACACGUGCGUGUGUCGUGAAAUUAAAAUCAGAGGAGGCGCAGUGUCUUUGUGUUUUGAUAGAUGAUUAUGGAAAAAACAAGAAUUUUGUCGUCUUAUUGCUAAAAAAACAAAAAAACAAAAACGUUUUCUGGUUGUCUUUAAUUACGUGAUCCAUUUUUUUCCCCUCUAAUGUUAACUAGCUUCUUGAAGAGACACCAUCAUGCCAGUCAUGUAGAUCUCCUCUGACUCUAAAGCACAUUUUAUUGAUCUGUUCUGCUUUUAAUGUCGGCACACACAGGUCUUACUCAGUAAGGUCUUAUCUCAAAUUAAUCUGAAACGAUCCAUAUAGGUAAAAUCUUUUAUUCAGUUGUGUCAAGUUAUUUGUUUGCUUGUUUAUUUUUGUGUGCUUGUUAAUAUAGCGCCUGAUGCCGAACAUGGCGUUAAAAAUUAAACACCUAACCUAGCUAGCUUCUUGGGUCAGUUGUUCGGUUUUAAUUUUACAGCGUAUUUUUAUAUACACUAGACACCUUACAUCAGAAAACACCUGCUGAACACACAGCAUUAACAUCAGCUAAGCUACCUGUUUCUGUAGCUAACAUGAGCGCCAUGCUGGCUAGCUUUGCUAACGUCGCUAAACAACCACACUGUCAUUAAAACCAGUAUGUCAUGCGAAGAAAAGCUAGUGAUGUCACAUGAUCACAAGUGCAAAUCCACAAACAGUGUAACUUAAGCUCCACCCCUUUUGCCUAGAGCCACUAACCGCACACUAUAGAUAUGAAUAUUAAUAUUAGUUUGUGGUUUGUUUGGGGUUUAUUUCUUUUUUUUUUUAUUGAUUUGAGGACAAAUGAAUUGCCUUAUAUUCGUAAAUGAAACACGUGCUGUGAUUUAGAACUAAGCAGAUUAUUUGGAAGUUAUUUAAUUAUAUAUAAAUAUAAUGGAAAUGAUUUAACUGAACAGUUAUUUUGUGUGAUUUUAAUAAGAUUUUGCUGAAAUGUUUCUGGAUGCUGGCUUUCUUCUCACUUUUGCUGAAUAUUAUUUAUUGAUCAUUUUAGCGGUUUGUUUUGGUAUUAUUUUAUGGCAGUGUGUGUUUAUGUGGACUGAAGUUGACUUCAGGAAUAAAAGAAGUUUUAAUUUAAUGUACUUUAUUGAAAGAAGGAUCUCUUUCUCUUUUUCAUUCGUUAAUGGAAUUAGUGUUUUAUUUAUUCAUUCUUUGUAGAGUGAUGUUUUGUUUUUUGUACAUAUUUGCACUAUUUCUUUUUUUUAAAUAUUGGAAUAUUGUGUUGCUUUGAAGGACAUGUUACGUUUUUGUAUGCUGAUUUAUUAAAAGCGUCGUGUUUAGCUAGUUUAGGAGUAAAUGAAGCAUUUUUCAUCAUUAACGUGAUCGUUUAACUGAUAACGUAAUGUGAUCCCAAUGCCUUGAAUCCUUACUUACGGCACAAGAUAGCUCUAGUUAUGUUUAAAUAUGUUGAAUACUAAUUUAGUCGGAUUUGCUGCUUAUUUUCUUUUUCAGAUUUAAUAAAGCCCACAUUAAUGUUCACUUGCAGUGUGUUCAAGUUUCAGUGACUGCUGUAGAGGCUGCUAAAUCCGUGGAUCUAUACACUAAGGCAUUAUCUGCUAUUCAGUGACUGUUUUUUUAAUUUAUUUCCAGUUGUUUAAUGUCUGUGAAGCUCAAAUUCCUUUUUUUUAGGAUGCAAAUAAACACACACUGAAGUAA